CCGUGCAGCCAGGCGGACUCCAGGCGUUCCCCUGCCUGCCUGCCUGUACCUGCCUCCCCGCCCCUGAGCCAGCCCCUGCCUUCCAUCUUUGCCCAGCCCGGCUGCUCUCCUGCUGCCUCCCCCCCCGCCCGGGAGAGAGCAGCUGCUCCGAAGCCCCCCGCCGCUCCCCCAGGGACUGGGAGAGCCGCAGCAGGACAGGACAAGCUAGGGCCAGCCGGCGCCAGGCAUGGGGCCCUGCUAAGCUCCCCUGGGUGGAGGAAGUGGGAGAAAGUCCCUGGGAUCCAGCCAUGGGCAGCAAGGAGCGCUACCACUGGCAGGCGCAGAAUGUCAAGCACAGCGGCGUGGACGACAUGGUGCUGCUGGCCAAGAUCAACGAGGACGCCAUCGUGGAGAACCUCAAGAAGCGCUUCCUGGAUGACUACAUCUUCACGUACAUCGGGCCAGUCCUCAUCUCCGUCAACCCUUUCAAACAGCUGCCAUACUUCACGGAUCGCGAGAUUGACAUGUACCAGGGAGCCGCUCAGUACGAGAACCCGCCCCACAUCUAUGCCCUGGCUGAUAACAUGUACCGCAACAUGCUGAUUGACGGGGAGAACCAGUGCGUCAUCAUCAGUGGGGAGAGUGGCGCUGGCAAGACCGUUGCAGCCAAGUACAUCAUGAGCUACAUCUCCAAGGUGUCCGGCGGGGGCCCCAAAGUGCAGCACGUCAAGGACAUCAUCCUGAAAUCCAACCCGCUCCUGGAGGCCUUUGGGAACGCCAAGACCGUGCGCAACAACAACUCCAGCCGCUUUGGCAAGUACUUCGAGAUCCAGUUCAGCCGGGGCGGGGAGCCGGACGGGGGCAAGAUCUCCAACUUCCUGCUGGAGAAGUCGCGGGUGGUGAGCCAGAACCCCGGCGAGAGGAGCUUCCACGUCUACUACCAGCUGCUGGAGGGCGCCUCCCCGGAGCAGCGGGAGAACUUGGGCAUCACCAGCCCGGACUAUUAUUAUUACCUCAACCAGUCGGCGUCCUACAAGGUGGACGACAUGAACGACCAGCAGGAGUUCCAGGAGACGCUGGUACGGAGGGGGCAGGCCGUCAACAAAGCGAUGCAGAAGGACUACGAGGAGUAUAACAUCGGGGUGCUGGACAUCUACGGCUUCGAGAUCUUCCAGGCCGUCAACAAAGCGAUGCAGAAGGACUACGAGGAGUAUAACAUCGGGGUGCUGGACAUCUACGGCUUCGAGAUCUUCCAGGUACCACGGGGCAGGGGAUGCCCCCAGCACGCCAGCUCGGGGGCAGGGGGCUGCUGCCUGAGAUCCCAGCUCUCCGGCCCUCAGGUCUCCUAUGACGUGGAGGGAUUCUGUGAGCGCAACCGUGACGUGCUCUUCACCGACCUCAUCGAGCUGAUGCAGAGCAGUGAGCUCCCCUUUAUCCGAGACCUUUUCCCUGAGAACAUCAAUGCGGAGAAGAAAGGUCGCCCCACCACAGCUGGGAGCAAGAUCAAGAAACAAGCGAACGACUUGGUGAGCACCCUGACGAGGUGCACCCCGCACUACAUCCGCUGCAUCAAACCCAACGAGACCAAGAGACCCCGCGACUGGGAGGAGAGCAGGGUGAAGCACCAGGUGGAAUACCUUGGCCUGCGGGAGAACAUCCGGGUGCGCCGGGCCGGCUACGCCUACAGGCGGGUCUUCCAGAAGUUCCUGCAGAGGUACGCCAUCCUCACCCCUGAGACAUGGCCGGCCUGGCGAGGGGAUGAGAAACAGGGGGUGGUGCACUUGCUGCGAUCGGUCAACAUGGACCCGGACCAGUACCAGCUGGGCCAGAGCAAGGUUUUCAUCAAGGCCCCAGAGUCGGUGAGCAGGGGAGGACGGAGGCUCUCGAAAGAAGCCAAGCCCAUCCCCGGCGGCGGCCGAGCCAAACCCAAACCCAGGCCAAAGCCCCAGCCGCGCCCCCCCCAGUGCCGCGCCCUCUACGCCUACGACGCCCAGGACACGGACGAGCUCAGCUUCAACGCCAACGACCUCAUUGACAUCCUUCGAGAAGAGUCCUCAGGCUGGUGGCAUGGCCGGCUGCGGGGGAGAGAAGGCCUGUUCCCAGGGAACUAUGUGGAAAAACUCUGAUGGACACGCCAGCUGUAUGGCUCUGAUUCGGAGCUGGGAAUCUAGGAGGGAAGAGAAAGCUGCAGGAUCCAAAGAGGAACAGAGCCCAUCAGCCUUGCUCCUGGAUUACAUCUUGCUGCGGGGCUCGACUGAGGCCGCUCAUUUAAGGCAAUUGAGUGGGAGGAGGAGUGGGAGGAGGAAGAUGAGAUCGUGUUGAGCACCUUCUUCCUCUGGGGUUUUAACCCACGAGGCUGGUGCCUUGGGGUGCACAGGGAAGGAUGCAGGUUAGCCUGGCCUCCUGAACGAGCAUCCGGCAGCCUCUCUCAUGAACCAGCCCGUCCUGCUUGCUCUUGCCAGGACUAAGCCAGCUGCUCCAAGAACCUGAAUACAGCCGCUCGGGUUUGUUGCACAGGGUAAAACUCUCCUUCCUCCGCAACCGUAGCGAAAGAAUAAAUUGAUGGUUUAUUUUCUA